AUAUCAUUUAUGAUUCCAUUUUAAUUUAGAAGUUUUAAUGGACAAAGUAAUUAUUGCAUGUGUAUGUCAAGAUUUUUUUUUUUCUUUUUAAACGAAAAGGCGUUUUUUGGCUCAUUUUCUGGAUAUGAUUGAAAAAGACACUGGAGUUGAGUUUUUGGUACUUCAGUUUUAUAUUUAACUGUUCAUUGCUUUGCAUGAUGGCCUCAGUAUAGCUCUCUUUCAUCUGAGAAAAAGGUGGAGUUGGUUUAAGCAAAAAAGUUCAUGCUUUCCUCAUAUAUGAAUUACAAACCCAGCUUAGCUUAAUAUAAUGCACAAAGCAAUGUUCUAAAAUAGUUUUGGGAUUAAUUGCAAAGUUCACCCCAGAUGCUAGAUACAGUCAUCUUUGAUUUCAUUUCUUUUGAAUUGUUUGUUUUCUGCUGCUUUUUCUCUUCAAGAAAUUGAUUGAAUUUGGGAAAUAAUUCUCACUGAUUUCUUUUCCUUUCUAUAUAAUAAUUAAUCUCGGGCAAUGGGGGCUUUAGGUGAACACCAUCUUAUUUUCGGUUUCAUUAUUUACAUAAAAAGAAAAUCUUUUAAUGAAGAAAUAACUCACUAAAAUGGCCUUGUUCUUCAUUAUAUCAGUUUAAGCGAGAUGUAAAUUUUGUAUUGAAAAAAAAAAAAAGAAAAACUUCUGUGACUACUUUAAAAAUCUGAGUUGCUGAUUUCGCCAGCUCACUAGUGAAAAUAAUUUGUUUGUAGGUUCUAAUUCCAGCUCCAUUUUGGGUGAGCUACCCAGUAUUAAGGCCAAUAAAUCAGCCUGUGAUGAGACCUCUGUUACUUAAAAUAAAGUUCUGGAGGAAUUGAAAAUUCAACAUAAAAGGCAACAAGUAGAUCCUACCCUUGAUUAUAUCAUUUCCUUUCUAAAAUGAUUUUAUUCCUUCUUUGUAAUCUUUUUACCGUUGGACAAAUCUCUAUAAGAGACAUUGUAUAGUUAGAAAUAAUAUAGCUUGUGUUCAUCGUUCCUUAAGCUUCUUUAAUAAAAUCCUUUUUUCUCCAGACACUCUCUUCCUUUUAUCUCCCAGAAAUGGCAAGAUUAGCCGAUGCAAACCCUGUGAUUAUUCCUACACACAUAUCAGAAAAUUUCCUCUUAGACCAUAAGCUUCUACAGUCUAAACUGACCGAUAAAUCAAGAUUGUUGAUUCUUUGUUCUCCAUCCAACCCCACAGGCUCAGUUUACCCGCGUAAAUUGCUUGAACAGAUUUCCAAAAUUGUGGCGAAGCAUCCCAGGCUUUUAGUUUUUUCUGAUGAGAUUUAUGAACAUAUCAUUUAUGCCCCGGCAACCCACACGAGCUUUGCAUCUUUGCCUGGCAUGUGGAACAGGACUUUGACCGUCAAUGGCUUUUCAAAGGCUUUUGCCAUGACUGGUUGGAGGCUUGGGUAUAUUGCAGGUCCAAAACACUUUGUUGCUGCCUGUGGGAAGAUCCAAAGUCAGUCCACUUCCGGUGCAAGCAGUAUAUCACAGAAAGCGGCUCUUGCCGCUUUAGGAUUGGGCUAUGCAGGUGGAGAUGAAGUCUCGACUAUGGUCAAAGAAUUUCGUGAGAGGAGAGAUUUUCUGGUCAACAGCUUCCGAGAAUUAGAGGGUGUGAAAAUUUCAGAGCCUCGGGGAGCUUUCUAUCUAUUUCUUGAUUUUAGCUCUUACUAUGGCUUAACAGUUGAUGGCUUUGGAGUGAUCAGUGGCUCCGAGUCCUUGUGCCGAUUUUUGCUCGACAAAGGCCUAUGGAUCGAGGUGUCUGCUAGGUACCAACUUUUGAAUCCUCUUAAGGUUAAUGUGUCCAAGUCUAAGGUGUCAAUAUGCUUGAUUCAUCUGCGAAGACUCCUUCCUAUUAUUAGAUAUAGUCAAGACAUUAUUCAUUUUCGAUUGUUGCACUGUGGGAUAGUUUGGUUUAAGAACAUGCAAAUUGCCAACUAA